AUGGCUGGCACGGGUGCGUCGAGCCCGUUUAUCAAAGACGAGCCGGAUGAUCAAUUCUUCCCCUCUCACAACCAAAGAUUCAUGUCGAACCCACAAAGCUUCGGUCUUACCCAGACACACUUCAAUCAAUUUGGUUCACAUGGAGGCAGCAUAAAUCCCAAUGAGUUGGCUGUUGGCAGCAAUGGCAUGUCCAUACCAAAUGGUGGAUAUGGAACCUCCUUCCAGAACAACUUCUCAACUCAGCCCUCGAACCCAAGCGCAAGCUUCUCAAAGGGUAUCUCAACCUUUAACGAUGACGAAUUGCUGGAUAGUCUGGACCCCAUAAAUGUUCCACACUCCAACCACGGUGGAAUGCAAAACAAUGGCCAAGAUUUCGGUAUGGAGUUCGAUUUCAACAACGGACAUAACAUUUACGGAGGCAACAAUGGAAAUGGCUUGGUUGUCGACCCGAAUAUGAAUGGCUAUUCGAACACUCCAGAUGGCGAUCCUAUUCAAAGCCCCUUUGUUCACAACUUCAACCAAGCGCAAUUCAGGCAUAUGCAAACGCAGCACAACUUUGGCUCGUCGCUUCAGUCCCCUGUUUCUUAUGCAGGUUCUCCGUUAAGCGGUGCAGACCUGCAUAACGGAACUGGAGAUAACAACUUUACUAAGCAACAACGGCCAAGAUUGGCUCAAGUGGGAUCUGGAAGGAAGGCAUCCAACACUAGAAGUCCAUUAACACCGAAGACUCCUGCGAUAUCAUCUCUGAAUCUUGGACCAGCAGACCAAUCGAACUUUCCCACUCAGCCAAUUCGUACUAAUCAUGUCCACCGACAUCAGAAGACUUUAUCUGGUCAAUGGGAUCAGACACCGAACAGUCUUGGCUCCUUUCCAGGCUCUGAAUUCGGGUCUCCUGUUCAAGGAGUACAUCCAAACCCGCAGAUUUCCGACAUUCUCAAGGGUACUUCGAUGCCUACGAAGCUCAACAAUGGACACGGAUCAGCGAAUGCGCCAGGUUUGCAAUCUCAGGAAAUGAAAAGAAGACGCCGACGAGAAUCACACAACCUUGUUGAGAGAAGAAGACGAGAUAAUAUCAAUGAGCGCAUUCAAGAGUUGAGUCAUCUCGUUCCCCUUCAUCGACUCGAAGAUGAGAAAGUACGCAAAGCCAUCUUGAACAAUUCUCCCUUAUCCCCGACUCUCACGGCUACAUCACAACCACCGCCAAAUGGAAUGAGCCCUCCUCCCCAAGCUACUUCGGGUCUUGCCGGCCCUGGUGCUCGGAGGGCCACAGGGAACAUCACUACCGGUAUUCCGAUCGAAGAGAAAGACAAGGGACCAAACAAGGGCGAUAUCCUCAACGGUGCUGUGAGUUGGACUCGGGAUCUCAUGUGGAUGUGUCAUCGUCAGGCUCAACAAAUGGAAGAUCUUGCCAAUCUCAUCGCGGAACUGGGUGGAACAUGGCCAUAUGAGAAAACCGAAGACGAGAAGCGCAUGCACACUGAAUUGAUGGAUGCUAUGGCUAAGAAUGGCGAAGCCUCUUUCGAAUAUACCCGACGUCCUGGUACAGGUUUGAGGGUGCCAAAACAUACCGACAUGAAGGGUGAUUUGGAACCUCGCUCUAAUUAUUCUCAACUUGACAAUUCUUUGAGUCCGGACAACCAUAGCAGUACAGAUGCUGGUCAAACUGGUAUGGGUGGUCCGGGUCAAUAUUGGAGUGGGCACAACAGCGGAGGUAGCGGUCCUGGCUCGAUUAGCUUUAAGGAAGAAGAUGAAUACACCAUGGAUUUGGGUCAAUGA